AUGGCACGCACACCACAGAAAAGAACACGACAAUCCCAAGGUGGUUCGCCAUCUAAACGCGCUCGGGUGACGCGGAGUUCUGCAGCGGUCGUAGAUGAUUUGAAGGAGGAAGCAGAGCAAGGAGAGGGAGAGGAGGACGAUGAGGCCCAGGUCGAAGACGUUGAAGAGGAAGACGACACUUCUGAAGAAGACACCGACCCAGAGCCAGAUACAUCUCCCACCAAAAGCUCGAGAGGCAAGCGUACUCCACGCAAGAAACGCUCGCCCUCCCCGGUGAACUACCUCGCCACCAACGCCUCCGACGCGUACUUCCUUGCCCAUUCGUCGAAGCACGCUCCCAAGCCUACCCCCGCUUCGCAGAAAUCCUUCUCUUCUCUCCCCCAGCUCUCUGCGCUCCAGGUUCAGGAACUGCUCGCCCUGCCCCGAGUGGUGGGGAAACAUGCACUUCAGAGGGAGAGGUUGAGGGAACUUCAUAGCAAGCGGUUUUCCCGCUGGGCGUUCGAGCUCGAGCAGGGGUUCAACAUACUCCUCUUUGGAUGGGGAAGCAAGCGCGACGUCUUGGAUUCCUUCGCACGGGAUGUAUGCACUAAAAGAGGGCAUGUGGCGACGUUGCACGCUUAUCUCCCGAACGUCUCCUACACGAACAUCAUGGCGAGCCUCCUCUCGCUCCCGUUCGUCCCUUCCGAGCCGGCUGUACCUCCCUCCUCCCCAGCAGCCGUCGAGCGACUUUAUCACGCCCUCUCAGCUUCCCCCCGCCCACUAUACAUCAUCCUACACUCCCUAGACACCCCCGGGUUUCUCACCACCCCUCUCCGGGCACUCCUCUCCCUCCUAGCGCUGCAUCCCAAAUGUCACCUCCUCGCCUCGGUCGACAAGGUCAACGCGCCCCUCCUAUUUACCCAACGCGACCUCUUUACGAGAAAACACGAGCCACUGGACUACCCCAGCACAGAAGAGAGCCACCUCCCGCGUAUCCCACCACAGAGGGGGUUCGCAUUCCUCUGGCAGGAAGCGACGACUUUUGAGCACUAUACCGCUGAGCUUGCACCGCGUGCUUCUCUCUCUGGAACAGCAGGGCCAGGGGUCAACGGCACGCAUCUUGAUCUCACAGCGACGAUACAUAUCCUCAACUCGGUACCUGACAAAUCCAAGACGCUGUUCACUCUGCUAGGGAAGAUGCAGCUGGAGAACCUCGCUGCCCCGGAAGAAGAGGGCACGGCGUUACCGCAGAACGCACCGAAACAUGCAGCCCCGUUGGCUAGCUUGCUCACACAGGCCAGAGAGGCGUUUAUCGCUACGAACGAGGUGCAGUUCCGUGCUCUUCUAGCGGAGUUCCGCGAUCAUGGACUUGUGAGCGGGGCAGCUUCGGGAGCACAGGAAGUGCUCUGGGUGAACGUGAACAAGAGCGUGUUGCAGAAUGUGCUCCAGGUGCUCGAAGAGGACGGUUGA